CUCGACUUUAUCAUGUAAACAUUCCAGCUCUUUAUGCUCACGCCUGCCGUCACCUGUCGCCUUCUGUCGAUACCUUACCAGUUCGCCCAGCUCUUGCCAGAAUAUCCAGUCUGACACACCUGUUCAGUGUCACAAGUGUUGGACCCCUAAUAAAGUGCCAACCUUUGUUCUGCAGUAUCUAUCUUGAGGCGCAUAGGCUUCUCUUAUUCAUUGUCAUACCGCCUGACAUCCCGUAUUCAAUCGGUUGACCUGCGUCAAGCCAUCAUGUCUCACAUGGAGGAUAGCCAAAAUGCUGCUCCAGGCAGCGUCCAGGCAAACAAGCUUGGCGGCGCAAAGAAGAGCGUUGAACCUGCUCAGAAUGCCGCGAAAAGGUUGCAAACGGAGCUUAUGCAGCUCAUGACCUCACCGGCUCCCGGCGUAUCGGCCUUCCCUUCCGCCGACGGCAACUUGCUCUCAUGGCGGGCUACUAUCGAGGGUCCGGCUGACACACCAUACUCCGGCUUGACCUUUAAACUCAGCUUCGAGUUUCCCUCCAACUAUCCGUACUCGCCACCGACUGUUCUCUUCCGGACGCCUAUCUACCACCCAAACGUGGACUUUUCAGGUCGCAUUUGCCUCGACAUUCUGAAGGACAAGUGGACAGCAGCGUACAAUACGCAGACCGUGCUAUUAAGUCUGCAGUCUCUACUCGGUGAACCCAACAAUACAUCUCCGUUGAACGGCGAGGCAGCUGAGCUUUGGGACAAGGAUCCUGCUUUGUUCAAAACCAAAGUUUUGGCUCGUCACAAGGAUAUCGAAGACGACUGAACGGGGUGGACAGGUUCGCGUUUUGCUUUUCUCAUGGUCAUGGAGAAUUGGAGUCGACAAGUGGUUUGCUCUGGCUUUGGACCCCUGGAGUAUUAGGCCUCCUGGUUAGCAUUGCAUUUCCAGGGCGGGAUUGGCCCAUUGAUAUCCCAUCGUUGUCUGCAGCAAAGCAGUUUGUGAAGUACAUCAGUAUUGGCCGCAAUGGACAUUGCUUGUCCAUGAGCGUAUCACCCCGAGAAAACCCAAUCGGUUCACUUUUCAGAUCGCUCCCAAAGCAACUCCAACCCGAAAGCGCCCCGACCGUUCGUUGAAAAAGUGCCUGGUAUCGAAGGUGCCGUGCGUUACGAACCCAUUUAUUCGUGGUAGGAAGCUAGAUGCAAUGCGAAACUCCGGAAAAGCCCAAUGCCGCCCUGAAACCG